ACUGCAGAAACUAUCAUUUCUACCUUCAGGGAUUUCGACGACGCGCCAAGGCCAACGACGUGGGGAUGACUUGCAUGAUGAAUUGUUAAGGCGCGUUUUCUUGUUUGUCAACGUGGUCAUAAGUAUAAGCAAUUUAUAUAGUCUUAGCCAGAUGAAUGUAAACAAGUAUAUAGAUCUAGAUUGUUCAUCAUCUUUAUGUCAUCUAACAUUUAUCUUCAUCUCUAACAGUCCUCGCGACAACGGCGGAAACAGGGCAAGAGGAUGAGGAUCAUGAGGUCCAAGUACAACGAGGCGGCUUCGAAGUCACAGCAUUAGCACAUAGGCCUCCUGACGAUCAAGCAGCUUC